AUGGUCUUCUUUCAACCGGAGGCGAUUCUCGAUAUCGUCAAAGCACUGGCCAGCGACGGGACCAAGGCCUCCUUCCUCCACGACACCGGCGACCGUCCGUUCUCCGGGGGGCAGUGCCUGGUAUACGCCGUUCAGCUAGGCAGCAUCGCGUGCGGGGUCCGAAUCCCAGUGCAUUAUAAUCAUCUGCCUCCUAGCGCCGUCGCCGAGUGCCUCGCUCUCGAAGUAUCCGUCUUGAGGAGUCUAGAGGAACGCGGCUUCGCUUGGUCGCCGAGGGUUCUUGGCUUCGAUGCGGGAUUUGACAACCCCAUCAAGUUCCCUUACGUGGUCCUCAGCUGGAUCGAUGGCAAGCUGCUGGAAUGGACGCCUACUAUACCACAGAAGAGACAUGUUCGAGACAAGGUUCUGCGCCAAAUGGCAGACAUUGUCUUUGAAUUGGUAUCGUGCACAGAAGACGCAUAUAUGACGGAAAUAAUCCACGGCAAGAUGUUGCGCGUCUGCGAAGGCCAGCUUCCCGGAGUGCUCCUCCAUGACUGCCUGGUUCAGCAGGCGCUGGUUCGCAAAACAGUCUACGAAGUUCCAGACGACUCGUCUUUUGCCCUAGCACAUGGAGAUCUGGCUCCGGAGAGCAUCAUUGUUGACGAUGAGUACAACAUCAAGGGGUUUGAUUAUUGA